GCUGAAUCUUAUGGUUGGGUUAAUCCUCUCACGUCAUUCAUUCCGGUGAUCUUCACACGGUUGAAAAUUAUUUGGUAAUCACACAGAAUCACAGAAUGGCCAGGGUUGGAAGGGACCUCAAGGAUCAUGAAUCUCCAACCCCCUGCCACAUGCAGGGCCACCAACCUCCACAUUUCAUAUCAGCCCAGGCUGCCCAGGGCCCCAUAUAUAGUGAUGCUCAGGAUAUUUCAGUCCUGAGAUUGACAGUGGUUUAUGGUUCCAGUUUUUCAGAAUAUACCUAUGGACCCUUCAUAUGAUAAGGUCAGCUUGCCUGUUUUUUUUGCAGCAGUCUGUAUAGUACUGAGGAACUGCCUUGAUGCUCUCUUAGAAUUGCAGGGGCACAAUCUUUUAUUUUCUAAGCUGCAAAGGAGGUCUGUAAUUUGGCAUAGUUCAGGAUGAUGUGGAAAAGUUGACCCUUGAGGGGAUAAAGUAUAAAAGCUAUAGGUAUAAAUAGCAGGAAUUGCUUAUCUGAUUUUUAUUUUUCUACUUUAUCUUUGUUAAGAAUGAGCCAGCCUUCCUGUCAUGAUAGCAGCUGAAUUCUUCCUCAUAUCUGUUGGUCUUAGGGUGUAAGAGGUUCUUUCUCUUUUGUGUGUUAUGUUAUUAGUCAGUAGCAAAUGGAAAAGAAAAUUGACCUUGAAAGUGGAGUACGUGGCUUUUCCUAAAGCAUCCUUAUUACUAGGUUGAUUUUGUUGUUGUUGUUAUUGUUUGUUUUUAAAUUCUGCAGCUUCCCCUGAGAAAUAAGUGUAAAUCCCCUUACACACACUGCUGAAAUACCAAGUAUUCAAGAGACCUCCAUUUCAAAAGUUGAGAGAACUCAGUUCUUUGCAUGCAUCACUGUUUUUUCUUCCUCAGCAUGAUCUUGCCUUUAUAUUGAAACUAAGAUAGUCACGUGGUCAGAUGACAAAUGUUGUAGGAUGAAUCCAUUUCUUAGGCUUAUUAAAAACUGUGAAAAAGUCUAUAAUUACACUUAAAAGAACCCACAUUUUAGUUCAUUUUUUCCAUGCUUUAAGUUUUUUAGUUAGUUGUGUUCUGUACAGAAGUGAAAAACCCAAGUCUCUAUCUAGACUUCUCUGGUCUCACAAGCAUCCAAACCUGUGGUAAAAGAUGAGAAUUGAAGGAAAAUUAGAGGUGCCACUCUGCAAACGUUUAUGUGAUAGAAGGAAUCAUAAAGUGAUGGAAUGACUUGGGUUGGAAGGGACCAUAAAGAUCAUCUAGUCCCAAUGCCUUGCUGUGGGCAGGAUUGACAACCACUAAAUCAGGCAUCAAAUUAGGGCCCAGGGCCCCAUCCAACCUGUCUUCAGGAGUGGGGAAUCCACAAAUUCUCUGCGCAAUGUCUUCCACUGCCUCACCAGCCUCUGAGUGAUAAUUUUCCCCAGUCAUCUAACCUAAGUCUCCCCUCUCUUAGAUUAAAACCACUCCCCCUUGUCCUGUCACGAUCGGACCGCAUACAAAGUCAGUCUCCCUCCUGUCUAUAAGCUCCUUUGAAGUACUGGAGCCAGCAGAGAAGAGAUAACAGAACACUGGGACUGGUUAGAACACAAUGUCAUGAACAUUUUAUCGGUGUUUGAUUCAAAUGAAGAUAUUACAAGCUUUGUCCAGGGAAAGAUAAGAGGUUUGAUUGCUGAGGAAGGAAAAGGUUCUUUUACAAAAGAAGAAGAUCCCGAGAAGUUUCGUGAAGGUCUUAUGAAGUUUGAGAGGUGCUUUGGGUUACCAGAGCAGGAGAAGUUGGUUACCUAUUACUCAUGCAGCUACUGGAAGGGCCGGGUGCCUUGUCAAGGAUGGCUUUAUCUUAGUACCAACUUCCUGAGCUUUUACUCAUUUUUGCUGGGAGCAGAAAUAAAGCUUAUUAUCUCCUGGGAUGCAAUAUCAAAACUUGAGAAGACUUCCAAUGUUAUUCUGACAGAGAGCAUUCAUGUCUGCUCCCAUGGGGAAGAUCACUAUUUUUCCAUGUUUUUGCACAUUAAUGAAACAUUCCUUCUCAUGGAGCAGCUGGCAAACUAUGCUGUUAGGAGGCUUUUUGAUAAGGAGACAUUUGAAAAUGACCUAGUCCUGCAUGACCCCCUGCAGAUCACCAAGAGAGGCCUGGAGAGCCGAGCCCACAGCCAGCAGUUCAGUGCAUUCUUCAGGCUACCCAAAGAAGAGACUUUGAAGGAAGUUCACGAGUGCUUCUUAUGGGUUCCUUUCACUCAUUACAAUGCCCAUGGGAAAAUGUGCAUUUCAGAAAACUACAUCUGCUUUGCUAGCCAGGAUGGCAGCCUGUGCAGUGUAAUCAUUCCAUUAAGAGAGGUGAUAGGUGUGGAUAAGGCUGACCCAGCCAACAGAGGAGUCAACAUUAGUACCAAAGGAAAAAGAGCUUUUCGUUUCACUGAAGUUAGAGAUUUUGAACAGCUUGUCACAAAGCUCAGAAUCAAAUGCAAUGCAACUUCAAGUCCGCAGCAUAUAAAUACAGAGGUUGCAGGUAGUUCUGCUUCCGACAGUCCAAAGGAUUUUGAUGAGGUGCCAUCAAAGAUAGAUCUGAGGGAUAACACCAAAACUGUCAGUACAGAAGCCCUAAUGACUGUCUACCAUCCUCAGGAUGCCGAGAAUCUAGACCCUAAAAUGUUGAAAGAAAAAAUGAAAGAACAGUCCUGGAAUAUCCUUUUUUUUGAACGAGGUCAUGGUGUCAGCAUGUUUCGAACAAAGAAGACUCGAGAUUUAGUUGUAAGAGGGAUCCCAGAGGCCUUAAGAGGAGAGCUCUGGCUGCUCUUCUCAGGUGCUGUCAACGACAUGGCCUCCAGCCCUGGCUAUUACACUGAGUUGGUGGAGAGGUCCUUGGGAACAUGCACUUUAGCUACUGAUGAAAUCGAACGGGAUCUGCGUCGCUCCUUACCUGAGCAUCCUGCUUUUCAAAGCGACACAGGAAUCUCUGCCCUCCGGAGAGUUCUUACAGCUUAUGCAUACAGGAAUCCUCAGAUUGGAUACUGUCAGGCAAUGAACAUAUUGACAUCAGUACUUCUGCUGUAUGCUAAGGAGGAGGAAGCGUUCUGGCUGCUGGUUGCUGUGUGUGAAAGGAUGCUACCUGAUUAUUUCAAUCGUCGAAUCAUUGGUGCCUUGGUAGAUCAGGCAGUGUUUGAGGAGCUCAUCAGAGUUCAUCUGCCUCAGUUGACAGACCACAUGAUGGGCAUGACUUUUUUCUCCUCGGUCUCUCUCUCCUGGUUCCUUACCCUUUUUAUCAGUGUGCUGCCUAUUGAAAGUGCAGUCAAUGUGGUGGACUGUUUCUUCUAUGAUGGAAUAAAGGCAAUCUUGCAGCUGGGACUUGCAGUGCUGGACUACAACAUGGAUAAGUUGCUGACUUGUAAGGAUGAUGCGGAAGCAGUGACUGUUCUCAACAGGUUUUUUGACAGUGUCACCAACAAAGACAGUCCUUUGCCUCCAGCUGUGCAGCAGGGCUCCAACCUCAGUGAUGCAAAGGGUGAUCACCCAAAAGUGGACAUUACUGACUUGAUCCGAGAGUCAAAUGAAAGAUAUGGAGAUAUUCGGUAUGAAGAUGUUGAGAGCAUGCGCUGCAGAAACAGGCUUUAUGUGAUCCAGACAUUAGAAGCUACAACCAAGCAGAAUGUGCUUCGUGUUGUGUCUCAGGAUGUAAAAUUCAGUCCUAAUGAUCUUGACGAGCUUUAUGAAUUAUUCAAGAGGGAACACUUUCUUUCCUGCUAUUGGAAUGUAAAUAGUCCUGUUCUAGAACACCACGAUGCCAGCCUGCCGUAUCUGGAGCAGUAUCGAAUUGAUUGCCAGCAAUUCAGGGUUCUUUGCCAUCUCCUGAGCCCCUGGUCGCACUGUGCAAACAGAGACUCCAUUGCAUUGUGGACAUUCAGACUGAUGGAUGAGAACUGCCAUGGCCUUAUCAACUUCAAACAAUUUUCCUGUGUGCUUGAUACCAUGUAUAAUGGAAGUUUCACUGACAAACUCAAGCUUCUUUUUAAGUUGCACAUCCCUCCAGCUUUUACUGAAGUGGAAUCUCUAAGCCCUUCCAAAGGCGUUGAUCUUUCAAAAGAAGAACUGAUCCACUUCAGUCAACUCAGUGUUUCAUCUGCUGGGGAUAAUCUUGAAAGUGAUGCUUUGAAGAGCAGCCCAGAAAAAGGGAAGGGCAAGGUUGAUAUUCAGGCCUAUCUGAAGCAAUGGCAAGAUGAACUUCUUAGAAAAGAAGAAAGCAUUAAGGAUUUGCCAAGAAUGAAUCAGUCUCAGUUCAUCCAGUUCUCAAAAACUCUGUACAAUCUAUUCCACGGAGAUCCUGAGGAGGAACUGUUGUACCGCGCCAUAGCAGUGGUUACCAGUCUCCUGCUGAAGAUGGAAGAGGUUGGGAGAAGGCUUCAGAGUCCCACAUCACCAGUCAGAAGUCUGGCUGCCACAACAGAGGUGUCUGCUGAAAGCCCCCAGAAGGGACGUGAGGAGGGCAGCUCUGAGCAGACCGGAGGCAGUGGAGCGCAGAGUCUGCGAAAGGGCCACGAAUGGUCUUUUGCCUUUGAGCAGAUUCUGGCAUCCUUACUGAACGAGCCAGCCUUUGUGAGAUUUUUUGAGAAACCUCAUGAGAUUAAAGCUAGAAUAGAGAGCGCUAAAAAUUUACAACUUCAAGCAAGAACUAGAGUGUAAUUUACUUUGACUCUGAAUGAAGUACAUAGAGCACUGGCAGAUGAAGGUGGUUACUAUGGAAAUUGAGUACGUUGUUUACACAGAGAAUGGGGUUUGAAGAUUUAGCUUUAAAUGUCAGAUUACUCGUAUGCUUUCAUGUAAAUAAAAAUAGUUUGAAGCACAA